AUGACUGUCACAUACGAUACUCCCACGCGGGGGUCACAUACAUCCAUGGCCACCCUCGAGGACCGCUUCGAGGUCAUCAAGGAUAUCGGUGAUGGAAGCUUCGGUAGCGUUGCGGUAGCACGGGUACGGACAGCCGGCGCUCACAUCGCCCGGCGAGGCACUAUGGUUGCCAUCAAAACCAUGAAGAAGACCUUCGAUUCACUGGGCCCAUGUCUGGAAUUACGAGAGGUCAUCUUCCUCCGAACAUUACCUAACCACCCCCAUCUCGUCCCUGCUCUCGACAUCUUCCUCGACCCUCUCUCCCGCAAGCUUCACAUUUGCAUGGAAUACAUGGAUGGAAACUUGUACCAGCUGAUGAAGGCUCGUGAUAACAAGUACUUCGAUGGCAAGCAUGUCAAGAGUAUUCUUUACCAAAUAUUGUCGGGCCUAGACCAUAUCCACGCCCACCAUUUCUUCCACCGUGACAUCAAGCCCGAGAACAUCUUGGUCUCAACCUCCGCCCCCAACGACUCCGCCUUUAGCCGCUACUCUAACCUCGUCACUCCUCCCUCUACUCCUCCCGUUUACACCGUGAAGAUCGCCGACUUCGGACUCGCCCGUGAGACCCACUCCAAACAACCAUACACAACCUAUGUCUCAACACGUUGGUACCGUGCACCUGAAGUGCUACUCCGCGCAGGAGAAUACUCGGCCCCGGUCGAUAUGUGGGCAAUGGGCGCGAUGGCAGUCGAGAUCGCUACGUUGAAGCCCCUGUUCCCAGGAGGCAACGAGGUGGAUCAAGUUUGGCGCGUGUGCGAGAUCAUGGGCAGCCCCGGAAACUGGUACUCCAAGGCGGGCGCGAAGAUCGGUGGUGGUGAAUGGCGCGAAGGAUCGCGUUUGGCUCACAAGCUUGGCUUCACGUUCCCCAAGAUGGCACCCCACGCGAUGGAAUCCGUUCUUCAGCCGCCAAUGUGGCCCGCAGCUUUCGCCGAGUUCGUCACAUGGUGUCUCAUGUGGGACCCAAAGAACCGCCCGACGUCUACCCAAGCGCUGAACCACGAGUACUUCGCCGAUGCGGUCGACCCUGUACGACCCAAGUCCUCGACCUCAUCUAGGCUGUUGGGUCGCAAGCAGUCUGAGAAGAGCUUCAAGUCGCCCAACCUUACCCCUGGUGACUCUCCUACAUUGUCUUCAAAGCCUUCUUGGUUCCGCAGAUCAUUGAUCGCCCGGUCAGACAGCCCUGCCCCUACUAUCGAGGACAGUCCUGCCAGGCCGUCGGCUGUUACUCAAGUCACUGUCCCUGAGAUCCAGCCUGUUAAGGCGCGUCCCGCAAAUACCAAGCGGGCUACCUGGGCCAGCGGUGCCCCUAUGCCUAUCCUUCCUUCCAUCCGUCCUGUCUCUCCCCUAUCAAACUCCGUUACAGCUCAAGCCAACGCCACAGUGGCACACGGUGAAUCAUCCAAGUCAUCUGAUACAGCGGCAAGCACAAAAAUUGGUCGUCAGCUUUCUGUCAAUUCUAACGGGAAUCAUUACUCAGACUCGAGCCGCCAAGAGGCCGAAAGAAUGCUCAACGGCUCAGGGAACAACACCCCAACCACCAAAGAAAGCUUCUUCUCGCACCUCCGAAAACGCGCUCGCAGAUUGUCAGGACGCAACCAGGCUGCAGCCCCUGAUGAUGUUGAAGCCAACGCGGGGUGUAUUCCAUGGUCGAAUCGUUCAUCGAUGGCUCUUGACGGACCUACCAGUGAACCCAAACAAGGUUCCGACUUGAGCGAGCUGGACAGAGCGCUUCAGAGUGUCAAGUACUCAUUGGACUCGUCUACCCUCAGCAAUGUCCCUGUGCACCUGAGUAACGGCACCGACUACAACAAGCGUCAAUCAAUGCCUCAAGCUACUGCCAAUACGUCUGCGCCCAUAUCCAGCCGAACCCGCCGUGCCAAGCAAAUGUCUGGCCACCCUGUUCACCGAUACGAGACUCCUGAGGAGGAAGAUGAGCUCCUGGAUGAGGUCUUGCAGUCCGCCAGCAAGGCUGCCAAGCGCCUUGCCCAGACCCAGUCUAUGGUCGUUGAACCGUCGAGUCGUACCUCGCGCGCUCUGCCAAACCCCUAUCCCACCCCGUCACCGACGGCCAAGGAAAACGCCGCAUUUGGUCACCAGUCGACGCCCAGCAAGCUGAACAUCCACAAGAUGGAUCACGCUGCAAGCCGCCAUUGGCCCACUCCUCCCUACGAAGAGGCCGAGUACCACAACAAGAAGCCUGAUUACUUCGCGCGUGGAUCCAACUUCAUUUAG